UGACGUGAUGACCGAGGCGCUCACUUUCUUCCCCUGGUGUCGUCGUUAGGAUACAGCGGCACCGAGGCGCAUCCACAGACACACAGAACUCCAACUAAAUCUCAGUUUAGCUGGAUUUUAUCAUUUUUCUGCCGAAUUUCAUCAGUUCGUCGCUUCUACAGAGCUGCUCACAGAAACAUGGACCUGCUGCCAGACUUAUGGAGGCAGGACUACUGGCUUCCUCCUGGUGUGACCUGGAGAGACAUGGAGCAGCUGGCAGACUCUGACCGGCCUCGACCCCAGGACCUUCUCGUAGCCCUGCCCCUCGCUCUGGGCUUUGUUGCUCUGCGCUACGUGUUUGAGAGGUUUUUUGCCCCACCCAUGGGCAGAUUCCUGGGGGUAAAGAAUAGAUUGCAGGUGACUGCUGCCCCCUCCCCGAAGCUGGAGUCAUUUUACACCCAGAGGAGCAGACAGCCGACACAGAGUGAAAUUAUUAGUUUGAUGGUGUCGUGUGGCAAAACCCAGAGACAGAUUGAGACCUGGUUCAGACUCCGAAGGAACCAAGACAGGCCCUGUCAAACCAGGAAGUUUGGUGAAGCUGCUUGGAGGUUCUUUUUCUACCUCACUGCCUUCAUGGCUGGAUUGUCCUGUUUAAUUGAUAGACCCUGGUUCUGGGACCACAGGGAAUGUUGGAGGCAGUAUCCAGUUCAGCGCAUGGAGAGAGCUCACUACUGGUAUUACAUGCUGGAGUUGGGAUUUUAUGGCUCUCUGCUCCUCCGGAUCUCUGUAGACAUCAAGAGGAAGGAUUUUAAGGAACAAGUGGUACACCAUUUGGCUACUAUCUUCCUGCUCAGUUUCUCUUAUUGUGCCAACUACAUUCGUAUUGGCACCUUGGUCAUGUUGCUUCAUGAUUCAUCUGACAUUCUGCUGGAGUCGGCAAAGAUGUUCAACUAUGGCACUGGCUGGAGGAAAACGUGUGACACGCUGUUUGUUGUGUUUGCUGUGGUUUUCCUUGUGACUCGACUGCUGAUUUUCCCCACCAAAAUCAUUCGCACCACCCUGGUACUGUCCAUGGAGGUAUUUGAGCCCUUUGCUGGCUACUACUUUUUUAACAUCCUGCUGAUGGUGCUGCAAGGUCUUCACAUCUUCUGGGCGGGCUUAAUCAUUCGCAUGGUCUAUAAGUUCCUGAAAGGCAAGCUGGAAAAAGAUGAACGCAGUGAUGAAGAGAGUGAAAUUGAAGAGGAAGAGUUGGACAAAGGGGGAGAGGAAAAUAUGGAUCACGGAGAUCGUUACUGGGAGAAAAGUAAAGACACUCUUAACUCCAAACUAUCGAUGCUGACAAACAGUUGUGUCCUUAAUAACUUGACCAACCACAGGUCCUCAGUCGCUGAUAGAAUGCGUAAGGCUCAGUAAAGACCGCUUUUCCGUAAAGUUCCAGUUUCAGACAUUGUUUUAUUUCGGAUUGUAAAACGGGUGUGAUUGAUAACCCUCUUUACCCCAGUUCCUGUGUGCUGAUGAAACUGAGGCCUACUAUUCACCAAGUAAAGAGGUGAGAGUUUAUUUAUCAAUCCUCACAUAACAUCUGUCAUAGCAGAGGAUGGUUUCGAUCCAUCGACCUCUGGGUUAUGGGCCCAGCACGCUUCCGCUGCGCCACUCUGCUACAUGCUAUCAAAUCACUCCUUCCUUCCUGUCUUCGGUAGCACACACAAUACCCCUUUAUGAUGCUUUUUUUUUGUGGACAUAGACAGCAGUCUGUGGGAAGAAAAAUAAGGCAAUCGUGUGAAUGUCCAGUGCAUACUAAUGUACACAGUAGCCUACACCUCAGACUAGUACUAUGUACAGACAGUUUUUUAUUUGGCAGGUUUACUCAGAGGAUGUUUGAAAAAGAGAAAAAGUCACUAUUAACUAGGAAAUACAACAAUAGCAAAGAUGCACACUAAGUAUGUUUAUGUAAGUCCAAUAUAGACAGAUAUGCUCUUUUAAUAUUGUAAAAUAGCUUUUUCUUGAUAAAUUGUAACACACUUACAGCUGACACUGAAAGGCUGAAAAUAAAGUGAUCUUUUAGUCUUUCAGA